UUUCAGUACCGCUAGUAAUCUUCGACCUAACCUAAGACGAGGAGCUUGCAGUCACAAACCUAGAAAACGGAGAAAUAAGGAGAACUUCCUUUCUCGCAAAUUACGCUUUGUAUACAUUAGAGUACCGUCGGCUAAUUUCGUCACGGUCAAAAACUACGAGCUGGUUGCGAUAGACCCGUCUCUCAUCGCGUUUCUUCAAAACCCAAAAUCUAAACAAUCCAAGAUGCGUCUGGCAACGAUUCUUUUCCCGUUGCUAAAUUGUUUAUCGCUGGUUGCGUCAAAGAACAUCAUUCUGGUUGUUACCGACGAUCAAGACUCGACUCUAGAUGGCAUGACGCCUAUGAUAAAUACUCGAGAUCUCAUAGGACGUCGCGGUGCCACGUUUACGAAUUGUUUCGUGGCUUCGCCCAUUUGUUGUCCGAACCGAGCUUCCAUCCUGACCGGACGGUAUCAACACAAUCAUUUGACGGUGAAUAAUUCUAUCGCCGGUGGUUGUAGCAGCGAACGAUGGCAAAAAUUACGAGAACCGGUUACGUUCGGCGCUCUUUUACGAAAUGUCGGAUACAGGACAUUUUACGCGGGAAAAUACUUGAACGAGUACGGAAGCAAGAGAGUUGGUGGCGCCGCUCACGUACCGAUCGGAUGGGAUUGGUGGGCCGGUCUUGUAGGGAAUUCCAAGUAUUACAACUAUUCGUUAUCGAUAAACGGUACCGAGAGGAAAUAUGGUAACGAACCGACAGACUAUCUUACCGACGUAAUCAGUAAUUUAGCUGCGGAUUUUGUAAAAAGUAAUUCCAACGACCGACCUUUUCUCAUGGUGUUAGCACCACCGGCCCCUCACGCGCCCUUUACACCCGCCGAUAGACACAACGAUAAGUACAACGGCACGAAAGCAAAGAGAACUCCAAAUUUCAAUGUACAUGUACAUCAGGAUAAACAUUGGUUAGUGAGAAAGGGUCCGUGUCCGUUACCGGAUGAUGUUUUACCGAAAUUAGACGAGAUAUACAGAAAGAGAUGGGAAACAUUGCUGGCGGUCGAUGAACUCGUAAAAACUGUACACACGUUGUUGAGAGAGCAAAAUCUCCUAAGCGACACUUACUUUAUUUACACUUCCGAUAAUGGAUAUCACAUAGGACAGUUCAGCAUGCCAAUGGAUAAACGUCAACCUUACGAGACGGACAUCCGAGUUCCAUUGUUGAUGUCCGGUCCGGGAAUUGAUCCGUCUACAAUUUUAACGCCUGUCAGCAGUGUGGAUAUCUUUGCCACACUUUUAGACAUAGCUGGCGUGAAACAUCCGUCGGACGGAACAUCGUUGUUUAGAAGAAAACGUAAUUUACCGCAGGAUCGGACUGUUCUGAUAGAAUACAGAGGGGAAAGAUCAAAAAAAGCUCCGUCGUCCGGAUGUCCAAGUGACGUCGAUCCGAAUGUUACAUUGUGCGUGAAAGAAAUGGCGUGCAAGUGUCAGGACGCCGCGAACAAUACCUUCACUUGCAUUCGCCGCGUUUCUCCCGACUCAAACGACAUCUUCUGCAUUUUUGAAGAUAAUCAGAGAUUUAUCGAAGCUUACGAUAUGAACGUUGAUGAGUAUCAAAUAAAAAAUAUCGGGUACGUCAUGAAGAAAGAAACGAGACACAGAUUUCGAAAACGUCUCAAGAAAAUGUCAAUGUGUCGGGGUGCGGAAUGCGUCACAAACUUCUCGCAAAAAAAAAAUUAAAUAACAAGAGAGAGGUCAUCAUUAUACAGGUUUGUUUAUUACUUCGUAAUGUUUAUCUUUGUGCAUUACAAUGCACAUUUGUGAUUACCGAAGGGAAAUAAAAUAUGUUGCAAAAAUCAA